GGACAAAGAGAGGAUUGGAGGCUUGCUGGAAGGUUGAGUGGCUAACGAGAAGUGAGUGAGAGAGUGGUCGAUACUCCCGAUAAGCAAAAAACAUGGCAGAGCAGAACGAUUCAAUGUCAAGCAUGGCAUCGCAGAUAUGCAAUCAGAUACAAUCCGUGUUCACACAGGGGGAAACUGAGGAACGAACGGUGCUGGAGAUACUGGUGGAAGAAAUCGCAUCAGUCGCCGGCCGAAAUGGACGCAUCUUCUUUUACGCUUGUGGUCGUGAGGGUCUGAUGCUCAAAGCCCUUUGCAUGCGUCUCGCUCACCUUGGCCUUUCCGUCCAUGUUGUUGCCGACAUGACUACGCCUCCCAUCUCAUCUAAUGAUCUUCUCGUUGCUUCUGCCGGUCCUGGUGGGAUUUCGACUGUGGAUGCCAUCUGUGGUGUGGCUCGUUCCAAUGGUGCUCGGGUGUUGUUCCUCACAGCUCAGCCUAAAUCAGAGUCAGUCACCAAAUACGCCACCGUGAUUGGUUUCAUUCCGGCGCAGACCAUGGCUGACGAUCAUCAGCCUCAGCAACAAAGCAGUACUCGGCAGCUGCUUCCGAUGGGGAGCUUAUUCGAAGGAGUGAUGUUUGUGUUGUUCGAGAUGGUGGUGUUUAGAUUGGCCGAGGUUCUUGGUCAAACCCCCGAGGCCAUCCGAGCCCGUCACACCAAUCUCGAAUAGAAAGCGUACUUCUAAAUCAUCGUUUUUUUUCUU